AUGAGCGAACAAACGGCGGGCAGCGGCUCGUCGACGCAGGGCCCAUCAGUGCACUCGUCCUUGGAACGAAAAGUCGAACAACGGCUAGUGCCCACAAGCUCGUUGCAACCGGGCGUCCUAGACGUACUCAUCGCCUGGCGCACGUCGCACGUCCAAAAGCUGAAACGCGCAUACGCUGCCGACGCAUCCAUCUCGCCUGAACAGAAGAAAUAUUUGUCGAGUUUACCGGAUAAACCUGAUUGGAAGACGUCGGGGGUAGUGGACGUCCGUCAACUACCGCCGUUUGUCGAUGUAGGGGAUGCGAGUGUUGGGAAAGUGUUGAAAGAAGUCAAGUUGGAGGAUGUGGACGUUGGGUUGGCCAAAAAGCGUCGAAAGGAAAGUCUCAAGGUGGCAUGUUUAGCCGUCUUUUCGGCGAUGCAAACGAGUCGGGUGCACAGAGUUGGAUCCGUCGGUCAAAAGGAAUACUUUCCACCUCCAAAGGACAAGCACCACCCCAUCAAGGUCUCAACUGAACAUGAGGCGCGAGAAAUGACAAAGAAUGAGCGGGAUGAGGUCAUUCAAGCCCUCAAGCAUGGUCAAGUAGCAAUGUCAAAGGGUCUGAGCACGUCGCCCCUCGGUGCGGCUGCACUCGGGGUUGGUCUGGGUGGCUUCGGCGGAGUGGUUGUUAGUGCGUUGCAGAAUGCAGUUCAGCCGCACAACCAUGGAUGGAAAGGAAUCUACACGAGAACAGGAUCGACAAUUUUCGCUUUCGCGCUCGGCGGUGGAACGUACGGGCUCAUGGAUGCGUACAUGAAGCAACGGACGGGCAAAGACGAUGCGACGACCAAGUUUACGGCGGGCUGCGUCGCUGGGUUCAUGGUUGGAAUGACCACCGGUCGGUCGAUCCCCGCUGCACUCGGGGGUUGUGUGUUCCUGGGUACACCCAUGGCCGUCUUGCAAGAACAAGGAGGGUCGAUCCUCGGUGACGGCAAGUUUGAACACGCAUCGUUGCAAGGCCAGAUUUCGCAGCGCAUGUCGACGCUGUUCAAGACGCCUAAACCACUCUUGACGGCAGAGCAGCAGUCGGCAAGGGAUCGAGAGGUGGAAGAGUUACUUGCAUUGGAAAAGCUUCGCGGAAAAGUGAUGAGCCCAAAGUUGCGAGAACUACUAGAAGAGCGAGUCGAGCGUGCAAGCCACUAG